AUGUAUGACUCAGUUGAUGUGUCAUCACUGAGAUUAGUUCCAGAUGUGGUUGUCCCACCAAAAUUUAAAGUCCCGGAAUUCGAUAAAUACAAUGGAAACUCAGACCCGCGCAUCCACUUAGCCACUUAUAUAGCUAAAAUGUCCGCUCUCACGGAAGAUGACAGACUCUUGAUUGAAGAAAAUGGCUCGACUCCUAAUGUCACUUCGAACCCAUUACCCCACCAUGAUAGCAGCAAAGGGAAUGGUGUAAAUGUGGUAGAAUCCCAGGAUCAAAGCUUGGUUACGGAAUUGGAUCUAUUAGUCCCUUACUUUGAUGAGAUUCUCAUGAUGGCGACGUCGGAAGGGUAUGUACAUCCUUAUAGGCAUGAAACUAGAAAUGAUUUUUCGGGCUCAGGAUGUCCUUACCAUGGAGCAACCGAUCAUGAGCUACAGGCCUGUGAUGAAUUUAAGGAAGAAAUCUGGAGGAUGAUAUCGCUUAAAAUCUUAAGGUGCCAAUUGAGAUCAAAAGAAGAAGAGGAAGUGAACACUGCCAUUUACGGCAAAAGCACCACAAGAUCUGCUCUAAAAAUGUCUUUUUCUAUUCCCGCCCCAUCAACACCACCAACACCACCUCAGACAAUCAAACGCACCCCGCCACAGUUGCUUGUUACCAAUACCCGUGUUGUGCCUUGGAAUUAUAAUUUCCAAGUUUAUACGCAAAAUGCAUCCAGCAGUACUUCCAUCCCUACCCUCAAUCAUACCUACACUCAACACAUCCCUGCCCCUAAACCAUGUUUCACUCCUCAUGCUCACUUCAAAAUGACUUAUGCAGGUCCCUCCAAUGACUCUGCUCCCCAAUUCAUGCCAAAACUUGCCCUAACAAAUGACUCUCAAAAUCCAGAAGUAGAAUUUAUUACUAGAAGUGGGAGGUGUUACGGCACUGAGGAAAAGAAAAGUAAAGGGAAAGUAGAAGUAGGAGAGUCAACUGAGACUGAGGAGAAAAUGGGAAAAGUAGUAGAGAAGGGGGAAUCCAGUGGGAGGAAGGAAGAAGAUGAACUACUGCUGCAAAUCAUGAAGCAGAGUGAGUACGAUGAGGAAAUAGACUCGGCUGGCUUGAAGCACACCAAGGCUCUGCAUGUGACAGUCAAGUGGAGAGGUUGUUUAGUCGCUAAAGUUUUGAUUGACAAUGGCUCAGCACUUAAUGUCUUGCCCAAUGCAACCCUAGCAAAACUUCCAAUAGACCCAUCUGGGAUGAGCCAAAGCUCUAUGAUUGUGAGGGCGUUUGAUGGCACGAAGAGAGAUAUGUUAGGAGAAAUUGAUUUACCGCUUCAAAUAGGGGCAUCUGCUCGAAGGAAUGGACGCUCAGGGUUGGGAUAUGAUGAAGAUGCUUUGAUUGAUGGAAGAUUCCAGAUAAGGAGCCUACUAAGGGAUCAGAGAUUUGAUAAACCUCUUGAAAUGAAGAAAAUCGUCCCCAAAAUCUUAGAUGUUUUCACCAGACCGAUCAUUGAGAACUUGAAAGAAGAGGAUGAAGAAUCUCCCUCAAAAUCAUCUAUCAAUGUCUUGCACUUGGAUGCUAUGCCCGGGAUACUGAUUUUGCCAGCUAUAGAGGAAUAA